GCACGUCGUGCAUGUGUUCUGCACCUCUGUCUCUGUGUCUGACUCUCUGAAUACUUCCCGCUACAUGUAUGUUAGUAGUUUUCAUUCAAACUCAUAUCCAUAAUCGAGUAAUAAUAUACGAGCCACCUAACCUGCAAAACACCAACUGCGGGUGAUAAACAAUCGUCUUCCUACGUGUCGUUCAGAUCGUCAGUCACUACACCGACCGGUGAUACCUGUUGGGUAUUUGUGGUCCAUGAGGUAGCCGCGCACUCGCUGCAUGUACGUCGAAGAGAUCAGUAUGUCAAGCACCGACGUGGAAGCAGGCCUCAAGACCCAGGAAACCGUUGAGACGGGGUUCAGGGAUCCGCACGUUUCUGUAGCGGCUGACGGUAACUUGGAUGAUGAGGAGAAAGCGUAUAGCGUUCACGACGCACCUGGCGAAACGGCUGGUGCUCUGCAAACGACAUCGCGCCAAUACUCGGAGCUGCAGACGAACGAACUGGAACGGCAGCAGUCGCUUCGGGGCAACGUUACGCUGAGCUGGCACAAUCUGAAGGUUGAUCUUGUGUUCGAGCGAGGAUGUCUGAGCAAAUUGAGAGGGGAGCCGGCACCAGAACCAAAGCCUAUAUUGAAGAAAGUGAGCGGCUCGGUGCGUCCAGGAUGGCUGGUGGCCGUGAUGGGAGCCAGCGGUGCAGGCAAGACAACACUGCUCAAUGCUCUCUGUGGACGCUCAGGUAGCAACAUGUCCCUGGAGGGCGUUCUGAACAUCAACGGUCAGCUGGUCACACCGCACGAUAUCAAGCGUAUCUCAGCAUAUGUACAGCAGCAGGACCUGGCCUUCGCCACUCUGACCGUCUUUGAACACCUGAAAUUCCAGGCACUGUUGAGAAUGGACAAGCGGCUGUCGCCAGAAGAGCGAAUGCAGCGUGUGGAAGAUGUCAUCACAGAGUUGGGGUUGCAGAAGUGCAGGAACAAUAAGAUCGGAUCUCCUACCGGUGUUCGGGGUAUUUCUGGUGGAGAGCUGAAGCGCCUGUCAUUCGCAUCGGAGGUGUUGAUGGACCCACCGUUGCUUUUCGUCGACGAGCCGACUUCUGGCUUGGACUCGUUCAUGGCCCAGAGUGUUAUCUCCUCGCUUCAAGACAUGGCCAGGGAGGGCCGUACCAUCCUCUGCACCAUCCAUCAGCCUCCCAGUGAAGUCUUUGCAAUGUUCAACAGGCUGCUGCUACUGGCAGAAGGCAAGACAGUGUACUACGGACCCAGGUCGGAGGCACUGGAGUACUUCAAGGCUCUGGAGCACCCAUGCCCGGACAACUACAACCCAGCCGAUCAUUACAUCUACACACUGGCUAUUGUGCCGCAGAAAGAAGAUGAGUCGCGAGAGCGUGUCAAGGUGUUUACGGAUGAGUACGAUCGCCGUGAACAGGAAAAGGAGCAGGUCGACUUUGCGAAGAAGAAAUCACGGGACGUCGAUGUCGACAUUCGAGCUGCAAGGAAACUGCACGGAGAGAGCCGCUGGACUCAGUUCAAGCUGGUGAUGUGGAGGACGUGGCUGACCACUGCGCGCGAGCCUACGCUAACACGAGUGCGGUUCAUGCAGGCACUGUUUGUCGGUGUCUUUGUUGGUCUCAUCUUCCUGCAAGUUCAAGAAGGUCAGAGCAGCGUUCAGAAUCUCAACGGCGUGCUCUUCUUUGCCGUCAUUCAAGCCUCCUUCAGCGUCAUCUUCUCGGUGAUUCAGGUGUUUCCGGAUGAGAAGCAUAUCUUCUACAGGGACGCGGACAAUCACAUGUAUAAAACCUGGAUCUAUAUGCUGACAAAGACCAUCGCUGAGAUUCCCUUUCAGUUGACCAUCCCGUUGGUAUUCCAGGCUGUGAUCUACUUCAUGAUUGGACUCAACCCGAGGGCGGAUCGUUUCUUCACCCUGUAUGCUGUCUUUGUCACCAUGGCACUAGCCGCACAGUCUAUUGGGUACGUGAUAUCAGCCGCCGUGCCUAGUGUGGCUAUCGGACUGGCCGUGACACCACCGCUCGUCAUCCCGUUCAUGCUGUUUGGAGGGCUCUUCCUCAACUCGGAUGAUAUUCCCGACUAUUUCAUCUGGCUGGAGUACAUCUCCUGGAUCAAGUAUGGCUUCGAAGCGGCCAUGAUUAAUGAAUGGGACGGAAAGUCAAUCUCUGGUUGUGCGGCGGCUGUGGCAACCACCCCCAUGUCAACGCUAACUGACCUGGAGGCGAACAUGACCAGCUUAACCGCUGCACCGACCAGCGCCAUGCGCAACAUGACGGCACCUGGGAGCAUGGGCAUGCCGUGCUUCUCCGACGGCAGCCAAGUGCUCAACUUCUACGCUUUUGAUCCCGACAACUUGGUGUUGGAUAUUGGAAUUCUCAUUGUUCUGAGCGUCGCCUUCCGUAUCCUGGCUUACCUUAUCCUGGAGCUGAUACUGUGGAAUCGGAAUCGCCAUACCAAGUAAACAUACAACCGCAUCUCCCUAUGCGGUUAGUGAUGUGCUCGUACGAAAAAAGUAUUUAUCCCGUUUUCCAGUCGCUGUGCGCGAAUGUGUGUGUGUGUGUCUGAGUGUGUUUACAUAUGUGUGAAUAUCUGUUUGUCUGUCUCUUUCACGCACUCUCUCCUCCGAGUCUCCACUGGCUCAUUGUCGACGCUCACCUUGAAAUUGCUCUGACUCGCCAGUUGCUUUUUUCCCUGUUACCCUUAUCUACAAAUCGUCAUAAACACUCUUACAAAAUCACAGAUUCCAUUAUUUUUCACAGAAUUUAAAAUAAACACAAGUCAAAACAUAUCUAUUUUGUUGAUACCACCAAUAGGGUUUGACCUUUUAACAAUAUUUUGUGAAUGAAUACCACAUUAUUUCGAAUUCCUUGCAUGGCCAGACAGCUUUUGGUCCAUAUUUUCAAUCCUUUCUAAUUCUGAACGUUUCAUGAGACAAUGAAUAGAUCUGUUUAGCCUUGUGUGGCUUUCUAGUGUUCCUGGA